CGGGCUCGUGUACAAAAAUUGUCGAGUCGUCUGCAACAACAAACAUCACUGMUAAAUGCAUCUGAUACAGUACGACACUAUCGAGCCAAAGCAAUCUUAGAAGACGCGAACAUCACUAUUGUUUGCCCAUCAUGAGUAAGCUAACUGAUUACUCCAAAUUUGAUCACUUGACGGAAGACGACAGCGACAACGACAGCGACAACGAUCGAAAGCUUGCUGUCGAGGAAAACGACAAGAGCACGGCAGAAAUGGCUGCUGCUGCUUCACCCUCCCCGUCGCUGCCUCCCGGAGUAUCCCGYAUUGCGGACAACAAGCACRGCGCGACCGCACGGCCGAGUCUCGGUGCCGCCAUCCGGCGCGACGAAACCUCGGGGCGGUACCGUUUCGAAUACAACGGCCGGAYCGUCUACGAAUUCGAGCAGAGCCUCGACGAGAUGACAAUUUACAUCCUCCCUCCGCCCUAUGUCACGAGGGGAAACCAGAUCGAUUGCAGGAUCUCGGCAAAUCAUUUCAAGCUCGGUCUGGUGGGYCACAGCGUCGGAAAYAGCGGUGGGAACAAGGACAACCAACGCCAAUGGUUUUUGAACGAAGCCACCKGUGGUACGGUAGACGUCGACGAAUCGACGUGGACACUGGAAGACUACGAUGGCGACGGCAACCACAAAGGAGUGACUCGGAGAAAGAUCAUCGUCGUCACCCUCAUCAAAGCGAAUCGCGGUUCCGCUUGGGAGGCAGCACUGAAAGGGAAUCCCAACCCAUCGGCAGGUGGUCGUACUGCACACGCAACUGGAACCGGAACUCAAAGCUCUUCUUGCGGAACCACCAUGGAUCCCUUUUCCAAGGAGCAGGUCAAAAAAGACCUGAUGCUGCAACGGUUCAACGAAGAAAAUCCGGGUUUCGACUUUAGUGGCGCCGACUUUAACGGGAGCGUUCCGGRUGCUAGGGAAUUCAUGGGCGGCAUAAAAUAUCAAUAGCACCAACUUAUUCUGUUUACU